AUGGCCGUCACCGCAGCACCUCGGCCGCAUCCGCUGGCUCCACUCUCCGAGGCCGAACACAUCAAGGCCCGGGAUGCCGUUGCUAAGCUUCACGGCGCCUCCGAAUCCAUCUUCUUCAGAGCUAUUCACCUCCAAGAACCGAAAAAGGCUGAGCUGCAGCCGUUCCUCGAGGCUGAGCACACGGGCACUCUGACUGAGGAGACCAAGCGGCCUGCCAGAGAGGCCCUUGUUGAGCACGAUGUUCUCCGGCCUGAUCGCUCCGAGUACAUCAACGCCGUGGUCAACUUGGAUACUGGCAAGGUCACUACCGUAUCUGCCCCGGUGCCUCACCAGCCAUACGUCACUCCGGGCGAGUUUGACCAAUUCAUCGAGCCUUGCAUCAAGUCGGAGCUGUUCCAAAAGGCCAUGGCCGAAUUCACCCUCCCCGAGGGCUUUGAAGUCUGCAUUGACCCAUGGCCUUAUGGACCCCCCAAUGCCGAUGAGACGGACAUUCCGCGCUACAUGCAGGGAUUGGUCUAUGCAAAGGACGCCCGCAACAAGAACGAGGACUCCAACCACUACGGAUACCCAAUCCCCAUUGUCCCCGUAAUGGACUGGCACACCAAGAAGCUCAUCAGAGUCGAGAGAAUCGCAACUGGUGGCAUUGGCGAUGAACUGGAGGCCAAGGUGCAAAGCGAUGAGCCGAUCAAGCUGUUCGAGAACCACAAGGGCUGCGAGUACGUCCCUGAGCUGCUGGACAUUCCCCUGAGAACCGACCUGAAGCCCAUCAACAUUACACAACCCGAGGGCGCCUCUUUCACCAUCCAGGAUGAUGGCCUCAUUGAAUGGCAAAAGUGGCGAUUCCGCUUGGGAUUCACCCCCCGCGAAGGUGCAGUCCUGCACGAUGUUCACUAUGAUAACCGCUCAGUCAUGUACCGCCUCAGCUUCAGUGAGAUGACAGUCCCAUACGCAGACCCGCGACCUCCUUUCCACCGUAAGCAGGCCUUUGACUUUGGUGACGGUGGCAUGGGCCGAGCCUCCAACAACCUGGAGCUGGGAUGCGACUGUCUGGGUGCGAUUCACUAUGUUGACGUUGUCAACACUGAACCCGAUGGCUCACCAUCUCCUGGAAAGGCCGUCGUGUGUCUCCACGAACAGGAUAAUGGUAUCCUGUGGAAGCACACCAACUUCCGUACCAACCGGGCUGUUGUGACGCGCAACCGCGAGUUUGUGGUCCAAUUCAUUUGCACUCUGGCCAACUACGAGUAUAUCUUGUGCUAUAAGCUGGAUCUCGCCGGCUCCAUUACUCUCGAAACCCGCGCCACCGGCAUUGUCAGUGUCACUGGUAUCGAUGAGGGCAAGGUCAGUGCCUACGGCAACAUCAUGACACCUGGUGUCCUGGCACAGAACCACCAGCACGUUUUCGCUGUGCGCAUCGACCCGGCCAUUGACUCGUACAACGACGCCGACUCACAGGUGGUUGUUGAAGAGUCUCACCCACAGAAGAUUGACCCCAAGACGAACCCAUACGGCAACUUUUACAAGAUUCAGCGUCAAGUUGUCGAGCAGGCUAAAUGGGUCGACGCUGAGCCACGCCUCAACCGACUGAUCAAGCUGGAAAACGCCAACAAGAAGAACCCCAUCUCGGGCAAGAACCUUGGCUACAAGGUCAUGGCGCCAGUGACUCAGAUGCUGCUCGCUGACCCUGAAGGCUUGGCUGCACAGCGCGCGCAGUUUGCCCUGCACAAUGCCUGGGUGACGGGUCACCGAGACGGCGAGCUGUGGGCUGCAGGAGAGUUUACGAACCAGAGCACCAAGGAGGUCGGCGGCGUGGCUGACAUGGUCAAGCGAGGAGAUUGGUUCACGGAUCGCGAGACCAACGGGGCGACGAAUGGCGAUGCGGCAGACAAGGGUAAGAGGAGCAGCCCUGUUGUGUGGAGCGUCUUUGGCUUGACACACAACCCCCGGAUAGAGGACUGGCCCGUCAUGCCCGUUGAGACCUUCCAGAUCCACAUCAAGCCUACCGACUUCUUCAACGCCAACCCUGCGAUUGAUGUUCCCUCUACCAGGAACAACGCCAGUGUCCUCCUUGGAGGAUCCUGCUGCACCACAUCUGGUGACAAGAACAACUGCACAGUGCAGAACGAUCCCGCGACGCAUCUCCAGGGAGGCGGUCCGAGCAUCGACGCCAAGGAGGCCGGGGCAAAUGUUGACGAGAAGCUGAGCAAGAGGCUGAGCAAGACGUUUAACGGACUGUUUGGCAAGAAGGAGGAGGUAAACUAAAGAGAAAAAAAAAUGAAGGAAAAAAGAAAGGAAAUAAAGCUGUCUUUUUUGCAAGAGACAUUGUAGAUACCUGUACUUUUUUGUAUUUUAUGUAUAGCCUUAUUUUUGUCUUAUUAGUUGCGUUGGAAUUAUAACCAGAGUUGAAAUCUUUCAUUGUAGCCUCCCAGUUUGCCUUUGCAGAGUUUAAUAUAACUGAUCCAUCCAUAUACAUACAUGUAAAAUACACUCGCGUCUAAUUACCCAUCAUUCAUGCGAUUUAGUGGUUGAUCUUGAGGGAAAAGUCGACAUGCGGGACUCCCUGGUGGAUCGAGCUCGUUGAAAUGAUGUCCACAUCGUUGCACACAUAUGGCUCGACAUUGUCCUCCCGCAGUCCUCCAGACACCUCCAGCAAAAAGUGCUUCUUGCCAGCCCACCUCUGCUUCAAGCUCCGCGCCGCAAUCUUGACGCCGUCGCCAGUGAAGUUGUCCAGCAUCACCACGUCCGCGCCCGCCGCAAUGGCCUCGUCCGCCUCGGCCUCGCUCUGCACUUCGACCUCGAUCUUGACGCUGAACCCGGCAACCGCCUUGGCCGCCGCCACGGCCUCGGUGAUGCUGCCGCGGCUCCACACGUGGUUGUCCUUGAGCAUCACCAUUGCGCUCAGGUCCAUGCGGUGGCCGUCCGCGCCGCCCACAAGCAUGCCGUACUUUUCCACCAGUCGGAACCCGGGCGUCGUCUUGCGCGUGCCGGCCAAGACGCCCCGAUACCCAGCCUUGCGCAGCUUCGCCACGACCCUCUCGCUCUGCGUCGCAACGCCGGAGCACCUGGCGAGGGUAUUCAGCGCAACCCUCUCGCCGAGCAGCAAUCCUCUCGCGGGGCCCGUGACCGUCGCAAUCUUGAUUUUGCCAUCGGGCGAGGCGGAGAGGUCGAUGCGCGAGCCCUCUUCGGCAUGCCACUCGACGGCGCAGCCGCACUGGGUGAAUACCUCGUCGAAAAAGGGCCGGCCGGCGAUGAUGCCCUCGGAUUUCCCCCAGAGGGUGGCGGUGCGCGGGGCCUCGCCGACGACGAAGCCGGCGUAGUCGAAGGAGGGCGUGUCUUCGGCGAGCCAGGCGGUGACUUGGGGUUUCCAGCUUGGGGGGAGGAGAUGGGCGUAGGACGACAUUGUUGCUGUGAUUUGUUUGAUGUGAGGUUGAGGAGGGGGAGGGGUUGAUGGAGAGAUGAAGGAGAGUUGAGGGGAGAGGGAAGGGAGUU